GCCCCAACCCCGCCGGUUCCGGCCCCGGCUCCGGCCGCGGCCCCAGCCCCGGCCGCUGCCCCGGGCUGGGAGGUGGCGGUCCGACCGCUGCUAUCCGCCUCCUACUCCGCCUUCGAGAUGAAGGAGCUGCCGCAGCUGGUGGCCUCAGUCAUCGAGAGUGAAUUAGAAAUCCUGCACCACGACAAGCAGUAUGAGCCCUUCUACUCUUCCUUUGUCGCACUUUCCACACACUAUAUCACAACGGUCUGCAGCCUCAUUCCCCGAAAUCAGCUUCAGUCAGUGGCAGCUGCUUGCAAAGUCCUGAUUGAAUUCUCUCUCCUGCGCCUAGAGAAUCCGGAUGAGGCCUGUGCUGUAUCCCAGAAACACUUGAUUCUCCUUAUCAAAGGCCUGUGUACUGGCUGUAGCCGGCUAGAUCGAACUGAAAUCAUUACUUUUACUGCAAUGAUGAAAUCUGCCAAGCUACCACAGACAGUGAAAACUCUCUCAGAUGUGGAAGAUCAGAAGGAGCUGGCUUCACCAGUUAGCCCAGAGCUCAGACAAAAGGAGGUACAAAUGAACUUUUUGAACCAAUUGACCUCAGUCUUCAAUCCUAGAGCAGUAGCAACACCGUCCCUCACACCAGUGAUUCAGGUGGAAGGAGAAAACGAUGACCAGUCCUCAGCAGAUCAAGCCUCUGCUAUCAAGACCAAGAAUGUAUUCAUAGCUCAAAAUGUGGCUAGUUUACAGGAGCUUGGUGGCUCAGAGAAGCUGCUCCGUGUGUGUUUGAACCUGCCAUAUUUUCUACGCUACAUCAAUCGGUUCCAAGAUGCCGUGUUGGCUAAUUCUUUCUUCAUUAUGCCUGCAACAGUGGCAGAUGCCACUGCUGUCCGUAAUGGUUUUCAUUCAUUAGUCAUUGAUGUAACCAUGGCAUUGGACACCCUUUCUCUCCCUGUUUUGGAACCCCUUAAUCCUGCUCGAUUACAAGAUGUGACAGUGCUCAGCCUUAGCUGUCUCUAUGCAGGUGUGAGUGUGGCCACUUGUAUGGCCAUUCUUCACGUGGGCAGCACCCAACAGGUGCGGACAGGCUCCACAAGCUCCAAAGAAGAAGAUUAUGAAAAUGAUGCUGCUACAAUUGUCCAGAAAUGUCUUGAAAUCUACGAGAUGAUUGGGCAGGCCAUCAGCAACUCCCGGCGAGCUGGUGGUGAGCACUACCAGAACUUUCAGCUGUUGGGUGCAUGGUGUUUGCUGAACAGUCUCUUCCUCAUUCUGAAUCUCAGCCCAACUGCCUUAGCUGAUAAGGGGAAAGAGAAAGAUCCUCUGGCUGCCCUCAGAGUGCGAGACAUCAUUGCUCGGACAAAGGAGGGUGUGGGCUCUCCCAAACUGGGACCUGGGAAAGGCCAUCAAGGAUUUGGGGUCCUUUCUGUAGUGUUGGCAAACCAUUCAAUCAAACUAUUAACAUCUCUUUUUCAAGACCUGCAAGUAGAGGCUCUUUAUAAGGGUUGGGAGGCAGAUGGCCCCCCUGCAACUCUGAGCAUCAUGGCUCAGAGUACGUCAAUACAGAGAAUUCAACGAUUGAUUGACUCUGUUCCACUCACAAAUCUGCUGCUGACCUUGCUCUCUACCUCGUACAGAAAGGCAUGUGUCUUGCAGCGUCAGAGGAAGGGCUCCAUGAGUAGUGAUGCCAGUGCUUCUACUGACUCCAACACCUACUAUGAGGAUGAUUUUAGCAGCACGGAGGAGGACAGUAGCCAAGCCAGGCUUACCAGAGUGGCAGAACCUACCUCGCAGAGGCCCAAGCUGGAGUCUCUCUCUCAUAAUGAUGACAGCGAGCCUAUCCUCGGGCAGUGGUUUGAGGAAACCAUCUCUCCGAGCAAGGAGAAAGUGGCGCCUCCCCCCCCCCCACCCCCUCCACCGCUGGAGAGCUCGCCUCGCGUCAAGAGCCCAAACAAGCCUGCUGCUGGCGAGAAAGGCAACAUCCUAGCCAGUCGCAAGGACCCCGAGCUGUUUUUAGGUUUGGCUUCUAACAUUCUGAACUUCCUCACCUCCUCCAUGUUGAACUCUCGAAACAACUUUAUUCGCAAUUACUUGAGUGUUUCUCUGUCUGAGCAGCACAUGGCUACCUUAGCCAGCAUCAUCAAGGAGGUGGACAAGGAUGGGCUCAAGGGUUCAUCAGAUGAAGACUUUGCUGCUGCACUUUAUCACUUUAACCACUCUCUGGUCACGUCAGACCUUCAAUCUCCUACCCUGCAGAAUACUCUGUUGCAACAACUGGGAAUUGCUCCCUUUUCUGAUGGCCCGUGGCCUUUGUACAUCCACCCUCAGAGCUUAUCUGUCCUCUCACGCCUCCUACUUAUCUGGCAGCACAGAGCCAGUGCUCAAGGAGACCCUGAUGUUCCCGAAUGCCUUAAAGUUUGGGAGAGGUUUGUGGCCACAUUGAAACAAAAUGCCUUGCAAGGGGUGCUUCCCAAUGAUACGGAAGACCUGAACGUAGAGCAUCUGCAGCUUCUCCUCCUUCUUUUCCACAACUUCUCAGAGAAAGGUCGUCGUUCGGUAUUGACUCUUUGCAUCCAGACCAUCUUGGAGUUGACAUCCAGCUUGGAUUCUCAGCUGCGCUCAGUGCCGCUGCUCCUGGCACGCCUUCUCCUGGUCUUUGAUUAUCUGCUUCAUCAGUACUCCAAAGCCCCCAUGUACCUUUUUGAACAGGUGCAGUAUAACCUUCUUAGUCCUCCUUUUGGCUGGGUGAGUGGACCUCAGGAAAGUGGCCGUAGAGCCACUGUGCCCUUGUAUCAUGGCUUCAAGGAAGUGGAAGAAAACUGGACCAAACAUUGCUCCUCAGAUGCUGCUCCACAGCCCAGAUUUUACUGUGUACUGUCACCAGAAGCCUCAGAAGAUGACUUAAAUCGCCUUGAUAAUACGAUUUGUGAGGUCCUCUUCUCCAGAGCCAUGAAAUAUGAUGAGCUGUACAGUGCCCUGACUUCUUUGCUAGCAGCCGGAUCUCAGUUUGACACGGCCAGGAGGAAGGAGAGCAAGGAUGUGACGGCGCUGGAGGCUUGUGCCCUCCAAUAUUACUUCUUGAUACUCUGGAGGAUCCUGGGGAUUUUGCCACCGUCAAAGAAAUACAUGAACCAGUUGGCUAUGAACACUCCUGAGAUGAGUGAAUGUGACAUCCUGCACACUUUGCGCUGGUCAUCCCGCCUUCGCAUUGGCUCUUAUGUCAGCUGGAUAAAGGACCACCUUGUCCAGCAGGGCAUGAAAGCUGACCAUGCUAGUUCUCUCAUAGAGCUGGCCUCCACCAAGUGCAGCUCUGUGAAAUAUGACGUGGAAAUAGCAGAGGAGUAUUUUGCUCGACAGAUCUCAUCAUUCUGUGGCAUCGACUGUACCACCAUCUUGCAGUUACAUGAGAUUCCCAGCCUGCAGUCCAUCUAUACCCUUGAUGCAGCCAUUUCCAAGGUCCAGGUCUCUCUAGAUGAACAUUUUUCCAAAUUGGCAGCUGAGACUGACCCUCAUAAGUCAUCGGAGAUAACUAAGAACCUGCUGCCUGCUACAUUACAGCUGAUUGAUACCUACGCAUCAUUCACUAGAUCUUAUUUGCUGCAAAGCCUCUCUGAAGAGGGAUCCACUGAGAAUAAACCUUCUGAAGAAAAAUUGGGAGGUUAUUCUGCUGUCUUAGCAAUAGGCUCGAGCCGCUGCAAGUCCAAUACUUUGGGUUCUAUACUUGUUCAGAAUUUACCAUCAUCUGUGCAGGCCCUGUGUGAGUCAUGGAACAAUAUUCACACAAAUGAGUUUCCCAAUAUUGGAUCCUGGCGUAAUGCUUUUGCCAAUGACACAAUUCCAGCAGAGAGUUACAUCAGUGCUGUGCAGGCCGCUCACCUGGGGACCCUUUGCAGCCAGAGUCUGCCCUUGGCUGCUUCCUUGAAGCACACACUCCUUUCUCUGGUCAGACUGACUGGGGAUCUUAUUGUUUGGUCCGAUGAGUUAAACCCUCCCCAGGUGAUCCGGACACUGCUGCCCCUUCUUUUGGAGACAAGCACUGAGAGUGUGGCUGAGAUGAGCAGCAACUCCCUAGAAAGGAUUCUGGGCCCAGCUGAGUCAGAUGAAUUUUUGGCUCGAGUCUAUGAGAAGCUGAUAACUGGGUGUUACAACAUUUUGGCCAAUCAUGCAGACCCUAAUAGUGGAUUAGAUGAGUCCAUCUUGGAAGAGUGUCUCCAACAUCUGGAGAAGCAGUUGGAAAGUAGCCAGGCUCGUAAGGCUAUGGAGGAGUUUUUCACAGAGAGUGGAGAACUUGUCCAGAUCAUGAUGGCCACAGCCAAUGAGAACCUCUCUGCUAAAUUCUGUAACAGAGUUCUGAAAUUCUUCACCAAACUCUUCCAGCUGACUGAGAAGAGCCCUAACCCCAGCCUGCUCCAUCUCUGCGGUUCCCUCGCCCAGUUGGCAUGUGUGGAACCUGUGCGGCUCCAGGCCUGGCUCACUCGCAUGACCACAUCACCCCCCAAGGAGUCUGACCAGCUGGAGGUGGUGCAGGAGAACCGGCAGCUGCUGCAGCUACUAACCACCUACAUUGUUCGAGAAAACAGCCAAGUUGGGGAAGGUGUUUGCACCGUGUUGCUGAGCACCCUGAUCCCUAUGGCGACAGAAAUGCUGGCCAAUGGGGAUGGCGCUGGUUUUCCUGAACUCAUGGUCGUGAUGGCGACGCUGGCCAGUGCAGGCCAAGGUGCCGGCCACCUCCAGCUUCACGGUGCUGCUGUGGACUGGUUGAGCAGAUGUAAGAAAUACUUGUCUCAGAAGAAUGUAGUUGAAAAAAUGAAUGCUAAUGUAAUGCAUGGGAAGCACGUGACUAUUCUGGAAUGUACCUGCCAUAUUGUAUCUUACCUGGCUGAUGUCACCAAUGCCCUGAGCCAGGGCAGUGGUCAGGGCCCUAGUCAUCUCUCAGUGGACGGAGAGGAGCGGGCCAUUGAGGUCGACUCAGACUGGGUAGAGGAACUGGCAGUAGAAGAAGAAGACUCUCAGGCUGAGGACUCAGAUGAAGAUUCUCUUUGCAACAAACUAUGUACAUUUACUAUCACACAGAAAGAAUUCAUGAACCAGCAUUGGUACCACUGCCACACCUGCAAGAUGGUGGAUGGGGUUGGUGUGUGCACUGUGUGUGCUAAGGUCUGCCACAAAGAUCACGAGAUUUCCUAUGCCAAGUACGGGUCCUUCUUUUGUGACUGUGGAGCCAAAGAAGAUGGGAGUUGCUUGGCUCUGGUGAAGAGGACACCCAGCAGUGGCAUGAGCUCUACCAUGAAGGAGUCAGCAUUUCAGAGUGAGCCUCGGGUUUCUGAGAAUGUGGUGCGUCAUGCUAGCAGCUCAUCACCAGCAGACAAGGCCAAGGUCACUAUCAAUGAUGGCAAAGCUGCUGAUGAAGAGAAACCCAAAAAAAGCAGUUUAUGUCGGAGUGUGGAAGGUUGUCGCGAGGAACUUCAGACCCAGGCCAACUUCUCCUUUGCUCCCUUGGUGUUAGAUAUGCUUGGCUUCCUCAUGGAGGCAAUUCAGAUCAACUUCCAGCAAGCUUCAGCCAUGGGCAGCAGCAGUCGGGCACAGCAGGCACUCAAUGAGUUACACACAUUGGACAAGAUGGUAGAGAUGACAGACCAGCUGAUGGUCCCCACCUUAGGCUCUCAGGAAGGUGCAUUUGAAAACGUCCGGAUGAACUACAGUGGAGACCAGGGCCAGACAAUUCGUCAGCUCAUCAGUGCCCACGUGCUGAGACGUGUGGCAAUGUGUGUGCUGUCUUCACCCCAUGGGCGACGUCAACAUUUAGCUGUCAGCCAUGAAAAGGGCAAGAUUACUGUUCUGCAGCUCUCUGCACUUCUCAAACAAGCAGAUUCCAGCAAAAGGAAGCUGACUCUCACUCGCCUGGCAUCAGCACCAGUCCCCUUCACUGUUUUAAGUCUCACUGGAAAUCCUUGUAAGGAAGACUAUCUUGCUGUGUGUGGACUGAAGGACUGCCAUGUGCUGACCUUCAGUAGCUCAGGCUCCGUUUCUGAUCAUUUGGUGCUGCAUCCUCAGCUGGCAACAGGAAACUUUAUCAUCAAAGCUGUGUGGUUACCUGGCUCACAGACAGAGCUGGCCAUUGUCACUGCAGACUUUGUCAAGAUAUACGACCUCUCUGUUGAUGCCUUGAGCCCAACUUUCUACUUUCUCUUGCCAAGCUCAAAAAUCAGAGACGUUGCUUUUCUCUUCAACGAAGAGGGCAAGAACAUUAUUGUUAUCAUGUCCUCAGCUGGCUACAUCUACACUCAGCUCAUGGAGGAGGCCAGCAGUGCUCAGCAUGGGCCUUUCUAUGUCACAAAUGUGCUGGAAGUCAAUCAUGAAGACCUGAAGGACAGCAAUAGCCAGGUGGCAGGAGGAGGCGUGUCUGUAUACUACUCCCACGUGCUGCAGAUGCUCUUCUUCAGCUACUGUCAAGGCAAAUCCUUUGCAGCCACCAUCAGCAGGUCUACUCUGGAGGUGCUGCGGCUCUUCCCCAUCAACAUUAAGAGUACCAAUGGUGGCGGCAAAACUUCUCCUGCCCUUUGCCAGUGGUCUGAGGUGAUGAAUCACCCUGGUUUGGUGUGCUGUGUCCAGCAAACUACAGGUGUGCCGCUGGUGAUCAUGGUGAAACCAGAUACCUUUCUCAUCCAGGAGAUCAAGACGUUGCCAGCUAAAGCAAAGAUCCAGGACAUGGUUGCUAUUCGACACACAGCCUGCAAUGAGCAGCAGAGGACAACCAUGAUUCUGCUGUGUGAGGAUGGCAGUUUGCGCAUUUACAUGGCCAAUGUGGAAAACACAUCCUAUUGGCUCCAGCCUUCCCUGCAGCCCAGCAGUGUCAUCAGCAUCAUGAAACCUGUUCGCAAACGCAAGGCAGCGGCCAUUACUACUCGAACUUCUAGCCAGGUCACCUUCCCCAUUGACUUCUUCGAACACAAUCAGCAGCUGACAGAUGUGGAGUUUGGUGGCAAUGAUCUCUUACAGGUCUACAAUGCACAGCAGAUAAAACACCGGCUUAACUCCACGGGCAUGUAUGUGGCCAAUACCAAGCCUGGAGGUUUUACCAUUGAAGUGAACAACAACAACAGCACGAUGGUGAUGACAGGCAUGCGCUUACAGAUCGGAACCCAGGCCAUCGAGCGGGCCCCAUCUUACAUUGAGAUCUUUGGCCGGACUAUGCAGCUCAACCUGACACGCUCACGCUGGUUUGACUUCCCAUUCACCCGAGAAGAAGCCUUGCAGGCUGACAAGAAGCUGAGCAUCUUCAUUGGGGCCUCAGUGGAUCCAGCAGGAGUCACUAUGAUAGAUGCUGUCAAGAUUUAUGGCAAGACAAAGGAGCAGUUUGGCUGGCCUGAUGAACCCCCGGAGGAUUUCCCUUCUGCCUCUGUCAGUAAUAUCUGCCCACCCAAUGUGAGCCAGGGCAAUGGCACUGGAGAGAGUGACACAGCAACCCCUGCCACCUCCAGCGGGACUGUCUUAGAGAGUUCUGAAACUGAAUCCCUAACCAAGCUGGAUCGGCUAGUGGGGAGUUCUUUAGAAGCCCUUGAAAGCUGCUUUGCUGUGGGCCCUAUCAGUGAGAAGGAAAAGAGCAAGGCUGCAGCUCAAGAGUUGGCUACCAUGCUGCUGUCCAUGCCGGCACCAUCCAGCGUUCAGCAGCAAACCAAGAGCCUCCUUGCCAGUCUUCACACCAGCCGCUCAGCCUAUCACAACCACAAGGACCAGGCCUUGUUGAGUAAAGCUGUGCAGUGCCUCAACUCCUCCAGCAGAGACGGGAAGGAGCUGGACCCGGAGGUGUUCCAGCGGCUCGUGAUCACCGCUCGCUCUAUUGCCAUCAUGCGCCCCAACAACCUGGUCCAUUUCACCGAGUCCAAGGUGCCCCCGGUGGAAGCAGAAGGAGUGGAUGAGGGGAAAGAGCCCCAGAAACAUACAGAAGGGGAUGGCUGUACUUUCAUCACCCAGCUCAUCAACCACUUCUGGAAAUUGCACGCAUCUAAACCAAAGAAUGCCUUUUUGGCACCUGCCUGCUUACCAGGUUUGACCCAUGUUGAAGCUACUGUUAAUGCAUUGGUGGACAUCAUCCAUGGCUAUUGUACUUGUGAGCUAGACUGUAUCAACACAGCCUCCAAGAUCUAUAUGCAGAUGCUCCUGUGCCCCGAUCCUGCGGUGAGCUUCUCCUGCAAACAGGCUCUGAUCCGAGUGCUAAGGCCCAGGAACAAGCGGAGACAUGUGACGCUGCCCUCUUCCCCUCGGAGCAACACGCCCAUGGGAGACAAGGAUGAUGAUGAUGAUGACGAUGCUGAUGAGAAGAUGCAGUCCUCAGGGAUUCCGGAGAGUGGACACAUCCGGCAGGAGAGCCAAGAGCAGAAUGAGGUGGACCAUGGCGACUUUGAGAUGGUGUCUGAGUCUAUGGUGCUGGAGACGGCUGAGAACGUGAACAAUGGCAACCCUUCUCCCCUGGAGGCUCUACUGGCUGGUGCAGAGGGCUUCCCUCCUAUGUUGGACAUCCCUCCCGAUGCAGAUGAUGAGACUAUGGUGGAGCUGGCCAUUGCCUUGAGCCUACAACAGGACCAGCAAGGCAGCAGCAGCAGUGCCCUGGGCCUGCAGAGCCUGGGACUGUCCGGCCAGGCACCCAGCUCUUCCUCCCUGGACGCAGGAACCCUUUCUGACACCACAGCAUCAGCUCCAGCAUCAGAUGACGAAGGCAGCACGGCCGCGACCGAUGGCUCCACCCUUCGGACUUCUCCUGCCGAUCAUGGCGGUAGUGUAGGCUCCGAGAGUGGAGGGAGCGCCGUGGACUCAGUGGCUGGAGAGCACAGUGUGUCAGGCCGGAGCAGUGCCUAUGGUGACACCACAGCAGAGGGACACCCAGCUGGGCCAGGCAGUGUCAGCUCCAGUACUGGAGCCAUCAGUACCACCACAGGCCAGCAGGAAGGAGAUGGCUCUGAGGGAGAGGGAGAAGGGGAGGCCGAAGGAGACGUCAACACCAGUAACAGACUGCACAUGGUCCGCCUGAUGCUUUUGGAGAGGUUGCUGCAGACCUUACCCCAGCUGCGCAAUGUCGGUGGUGUCCGAGCUAUCCCUUAUAUGCAGGUCAUUCUGAUGCUCACAACUGAUCUGGAUGGAGAAGACGAGAAGGAUAAGGGUGCUCUGGACAACUUGCUGUCUCAGCUUAUUGCAGAAUUGGGCAUGGACAAGAAGGAUGUCUCUAAGAAGAAUGAACGCUGUGCCCUGAAUGAGGUCCAUCUGGUGGUGAUGAGGCUGUUGAGUGUCUUCAUGUCCAGGACCAAGUCGGGGUCCAAGUCCUCCAUCUGUGAGUCGUCCUCCCUCAUCUCCAGCGCCACUGCAGCUGCGCUGCUGAGCUCUGGGGCUGUGGACUACUGCCUGCAUGUGCUCAAGUCUCUGUUGGAUUACUGGAAGAGCCAGCAGAGUGACGAGGAGCCUGUGGCCACCAGCCAACUGCUGAAACCCCACACCACCUCUUCCCCCCCUGACAUGAGCCCUUUCUUCCUCCGACAGUAUGUGAAGGGCCAUGCCGCGGAUGUGUUUGAGGCUUAUACCCAGCUGUUGACCGAGAUGGUGCUCCGGCUGCCAUACCAAAUCAAGAAGAUUGCGGACACCAACUCUCGCAUCCCACCGCCGGUGUUUGACCAUUCGUGGUUUUACUUCCUGUCGGAGUACCUGAUGAUCCAGCAGACACCAUUUGUACGUCGCCAAGUUCGCAAACUUUUGCUAUUCAUCUGUGGCUCAAAGGAGAAGUACCGCCAGCUUCGGGACUUGCAUACCCUGGAUUCCCAUGUGCGCGGGAUCAAAAAGCUCUUGGAGGAGCAGGGAAUCUUCCUUCGGGCGAGUGUGGUCACAGCCAGCUCUGGCUCAGCCCUGCAAUAUGACACACUCAUCAGCCUGAUGGAGCAUCUCAAAGCCUGUGCAGAGAUUGCCACCCAGCGUACAAUCAACUGGCAGAAAUUCUGUAUUAAAGAUGACUCGGUCCUGUAUUUCCUUCUCCAAGUUAGUUUCCUAGUAGAUGAGGGAGUAUCCCCAGUGCUGUUGCAGCUGCUCUCCUGUGCUUUGUGCGGCAGCAAAGUGCUCACAGUGGCUGCUUCGUCCGGAUCCUCAAGUGCCGCCUCUGGCUCUUCCUCCUCCUCCUCUUCCUCAGCGCCCGUGGCCUCUGGUUCUGGGCAAACUACAACCCAGAGCAAGUCUUCCACCAAAAAGAGCAAGAAGGAAGAAAAGGAGAAAGAGAAGGAGGGUGAGUGCUCAGGCAGUCAAGAAGACCAGUUGUGCACAGCCUUGGUGAACCAAUUGAACAAAUUUGCUGACAAGGAGACCUUGAUACAGUUCCUUCGCUGCUUCCUGCUAGAGUCUAACUCCUCCUCUGUGCGCUGGCAAGCCCACUGCCUGGCACUGCACAUUUACAGAAAUUCCAACAAAUCACAACAGGAGCUCCUAUUGGAUCUGAUGUGGUCCAUCUGGCCUGAACUCCCAGCCUAUGGCCGCAAGGCUGCCCAAUUUGUAGAUCUGCUUGGAUAUUUUUCAUUGAAAACUCCACAGACUGAGAAAAAGUUGAAAGAAUAUUCGCAGAAGGCUGUAGAGAUUCUCCGAACCCAAAACCAUAUCCUUACCAAUCAUCCCAACUCCAACAUCUACAACACUCUGUCUGGUUUGGUGGAGUUUGAUGGUUAUUACCUAGAGAGUGAUCCAUGCUUGGUGUGUAACAACCCGGAGGUGCCAUUCUGUUAUAUCAAGCUUUCCUCCAUCAAAGUGGACACCCGCUACACCACCACUCAGCAGGUAGUGAAGCUCAUUGGUAGCCAUACCAUCAGCAAAGUGACGGUGAAGAUCGGGGACCUGAAGCGCACCAAGAUGGUGCGCACCAUUAAUCUGUACUACAACAACCGGACCGUGCAGGCCAUUGUGGAGCUAAAAAACAAGCCAGCUCGUUGGCACAAAGCCAAGAAGGUACAGUUGACCCCAGGGCAGACCGAGGUGAAGAUUGACCUGCCCCUUCCCAUCGUGGCCUCUAACCUGAUGAUUGAGUUUGCAGACUUCUAUGAAAACUACCAGGCUUCUACAGAGACUCUGCAGUGCCCUCGGUGUAGUGCUUCUGUUCCUGCUAAUCCAGGGGUCUGUGGCAACUGUGGGGAGAAUGUCUACCAGUGUCAUAAAUGCAGGUCCAUCAACUAUGAUGAGAAGGAUCCCUUCUUAUGCAAUGCUUGUGGCUUCUGUAAAUAUGCUCGCUUUGACUUCAUGCUUUACGCCAAGCCCUGCUGUGCUGUGGAUCCCAUUGAGAAUGAAGAAGAUCGAAAGAAGGCUGUGACCAACAUCAACACCCUCCUGGAUAAAGCUGAUCGAGUAUAUCACCAGCUAAUGGGACACAGGCCACAGCUAGAAAAUCUACUUUGCAAAGUGAAUGAGGCAGCGCCUGAAAAGCCCCAGGAUGAUUCAAGUAGUGCUGGGGGGAUCAGCUCCACGUCAGCCAGUGUAAAUCGCUAUAUCCUCCAGUUGGCUCAAGAAUACUGCGGAGACUGUAAGAAUUCUUUUGACGAACUCUCCAAGAUCAUACAGAAAGUCUUUGCUUCUCGGAAGGAGCUCCUAGAAUAUGAUUUAUGCCCCCGGCCACACUCUGGCAAGAGCAUCUCAGGAGAAGGGCUAGAUCAGGUUGAGGAAUACUUGUUUCUUGCUUUUGUUAGGGAUAAUCCAGAAGCAACUCAGCAGAUGAAUGACCUGAUCAUUGGCAAGGUCUCAGCAGCUCUGAAAGGCCAUUGGGCCAAUCCUGAUUUGGCCAGCAGCCUUCAAUAUGAAAUGCUUUUAUUGACUGACUCCAUCUCAAAGGAGGACAGCUGCUGGGAACUUCGCUUACGCUGUGCUCUCAGUCUUUUCCUCAUGGCCGUAAACAUCAAAACACCUGUCGUCGUGGAGAACAUCACCCUCAUGUGCCUCCGGAUCCUGCAGAAGCUGAUCAAGCCUCCUGCUCCAACCAGCAAGAAAAACAAGGACGUUCCUGUUGAAGCUCUCACCACAGUUAAGCCAUACUGCAAUGAGAUUCAUGCCCAGGCUCAGCUGUGGCUCAAGCGAGACCCAAAAGCAUCCUAUGAGGCCUGGAAGAAAUGCCUUCCCACUAGAGGUAUGGAUUCCAAUGGGAAAUCCUCCACUAGGUUAGAGCUCCGGCAACUCUACUUGACAGAGAAGUAUGUGUGGAGGUGGAAACAGUACAUGAGCCGUCGGGGAAAGAGGACCUCCCCCUUAGAUCUUAAGUUGGGUCACAACAAUUGGCUUCGACAGGUGCUGUUCACUCCAGCAACCCAAGCAGCCCGUCAGGCAGCCUGUACCAUCGUGGAAGCUUUGGCAACCAUUCCCAGUCGUAAACAACAGGUCCUUGACCUCCUCACCAGUUACCUGGAUGAAUUGAGUAUUGCUGGAGAGUGUGCAGCUGAAUACUUGGCACUCUACCAGAAGCUAAUCAAACCAGCUCACUGGAAGGUCUACCUGGCUGCUCGGGGAGUCCUGCCCUAUGUUGGCAACCUCAUCACCAAGGAAAUAGCCCGUUUGCUGGCCCUGGAGGAAGCUACCCUGAGCACUGACUUACAGCAGGGAUAUGCUCUCAAGAGCCUCACAGGUCUCCUUUCCUCCUUUGUUGAAGUGGAGUCCAUUAAGCGGCACUUCAAAAGCCGCCUGGUGGGCACUGUGUUAAAUGGUUACCUGUGUCUGCGUAAGCUGGUAGUGCAGAGGACCAAACUGAUUGACGAGACCCAGGAUAUGCUGCUGGAGAUGCUGGAGGACAUGACCACAGGCACAGAAUCAGAAACAAAGGCCUUCAUGGCAGUGUGCAUUGAAACAGCCAAGCGUUACAAUCUGGAUGACUACCGGACGCCCGUCUUCAUCUUUGAGAGGCUCUGCAGUAUCAUUUAUCCUGAAGAGAAUGAAGUAACUGAAUUCUUUGUGACUCUGGAGAAGGAUCCCCAGCAGGAAGAUUUCUUGCAGGGUCGCAUGCCUGGUAAUCCUUACAGCAGCAAUGAGCCAGGCAUUGGGCCUCUCAUGAGAGACAUCAAGAACAAGAUCUGCCAGGACUGUGACCUAGUGGCCCUCCUGGAAGAUGAUAGUGGGAUGGAGCUCCUGGUGAACAAUAAAAUUAUCAGCUUGGAUCUUCCUGUAGCAGAGGUUUAUAAGAAGGUCUGGUGCCCCACAAAUGAGGGAGAACCCAUGAGGAUCAUCUAUCGCAUGCGGGGCUUGUUGGGUGAUGCCACCGAGGAAUUCAUUGAGUCCUUGGACUCCACCACAGAUGAAGAAGAAGAUGAGGAAGAGGUAUAUAAGAUGGCAGGUGUGAUGGCCCAGUGUGGGGGCUUGGAUUGCAUGCUCAACAGACUGGCUGGGAUCAAGGAUUUCAAACAGGGCCGACAUCUUCUGACGGUACUGCUCAAACUGUUCAGUUACUGUGUGAAGGUGAAAGUGAAUCGGCAACAGCUGGUCAAACUUGAGAUGAACACUUUGAAUGUCAUGCUGGGGACUCUUAACUUGGCCCUGGUGGCUGAGCAGGAAAGCAAAGACAGUGGAGGGGCGGCUGUGGCGGAGCAGGUGCUCAGUAUCAUGGAGAUCAUUCUGGAUGAGUCGAAUGCCGAGCCCCUGAGUGAGGACAAGGGCAACCUUCUCCUGACAGGUGACAAGGAUCAGCUGGUGAUGUUGCUGGAUCAGAUCAAUAGCACUUUUGUGCGCUCCAAUCCCAGUGUCCUUCAGGGCUUGUUACGAAUUAUCCCAUAUUUGUCUUUUGGAGAGAUGGAGAAAAUGCAGAUCCUGGUGGACCGAUUCAAACCAUACUGCAAUUUUGACAAGUAUGAUGAGGAUCACACUGGGGAUGAUAAAGUCUUCCUAGACUGUUUUUGCAAAAUAGCUGCUGGCAUUAAAAACAACAGCAAUGGACACCAGCUGAAAGAUCUGAUCCUUCAGAAGGGAAUCACACAGAAUGCACUGGACUAUAUGAAGAAACACAUCCCUAGUGCCAAGAAUUUGGAUGCUGAUAUUUGGAAGAAAUUUUUAUCUCGCCCAGCCCUCCCCUUCAUCUUAAGGCUUCUUCGUGGGUUAGCCAUUCAGCACCCUUCCACCCAGGUGCUCAUUGGUACAGACUCCAUCACAAACCUGCACAAACUGGAGCAGGUGUCAAGUGAUGAGGGGAUUGGCACCCUGGCAGAGAACUUGUUGGAGGCACUUCGAGAACACCCCGAGGUGAACAAGAAGAUUGAUGCAGCUCGAAAGGAGACACGGGCAGAGAAGAAACGUAUGGCCAUGGCCAUGAGGCAGAAGGCCUUGGGUACCCUGGGCAUGACGACAAAUGAGAAGGGUCAAGUUGUGACUAAGACGGCCCUGCUGAAGCAGAUGGAGGAGUUAAUUGAAGAGCCAGGCCUCACCUGCUGCAUCUGCAGGGAGGGCUACAAGUUCCAGCCUGCCAAGGUGCUGGGCAUUUACACCUUCACUAAGCGGGUGGCGCUGGAGGAGCUGGAGAAUAAGCCCCGGAAGCAGCAGGGAUACAGCACCGUGUCCCACUUCAACAUCGUCCACUAUGACUGCCACUUGGCUGCUGUCAGAUUGGCCCGAGGAAGAGAAGAAUGGGAGAGUGCAGCCCUUCAGAACGCUAAUACCAAGUGCAAUGGACUCCUCCCAGUCUGGGGACCCCAUGUCCCAGAGUCCGCUUUUGCCACUUGUUUGGCAAGACAUAACACGUACCUCCAGGAGUGCACGGGACAGCGAGAGCCUACUUAUCAACUUAAUGUUCAUGACAUCAAGUUACUCUUCCUCCGUUUUGCCAUGGAACAGUCAUUCAGUGUAGACACAGGAGGUGGCGGCAGAGAGAGCAACAUACACCUAAUCCCGUACAUCAUUCACACCGUGCUUUAUGUCCUGAACACAACCAGGGCAACUUCCCGAGAAGAGAAGAACUUGCAGAGCUUUUUAGAGCAGCCCAAGGAAAAGUGGGUAGAGAGUGCCUUUGAGGUGGAUGGGCCCCACUACUACACUGUUUUGGCCCUCCACAUCUUGCCCCCAGAGAGAUGGAGAGCCAUCCGAGUGGAGAUCCUUCGGAGGCUCUUGGUGAUCUCCCAAGCCCGAGCAGUGUCGCCAGGGGGAGCCAGCAGACUGACAGAUAAGUCUGUGAAGGACUACUCGGCCUAUCGCUCCGCACUUCUCUUCUGGGCCCUAGUCGAUCUCAUUUACAACAUGUUUAAGAAGGUGCCUACCAGUAACACGGAGGGAGGCUGGUCCUGCUCUCUAGCUGAGUUUAUCCGCCACAAUGACAUGCCCAUCUAUGAAGCCGCAGACAAGGCCCUGAAAACGUUCCAAGAGGAGUUCAUGCCUGUGGAAACAUUCUCAGAAUUCGUAGAUGUGGCUGGACUUCUCUCGGAAAUCAAUUUCGCUGACAACUUCCUGAAGGACCUUUUGAACUCAAUCCCCUGACCACCCACCCUGGGAGAGUGACCGGCCAAGACUGACCCCAGCCUGCCUUCCGCCCCUGUGUUUCUCCUCUCCUCGUGCUUUGGUUUCUUUCCGAGGGGCGCUGCCGUUAGCGUUCCCCUCCCCCGCGGUUUGUGUGGGAGCGGCUUGGGGGGUUUAGACUUUGCUAUUUUAUCUUGUGUGUGGUGCAUUAGCUAUGAAGUUAUACGUACGUACCCCAAGCAUUGGAGGACCCUGUACAUACCAAGGGGCCAUGAGUUGUCCUGGCCAAACUUAAUACUUGAGUGUGCACAUCUUGAGAAAUAAGUGAAUGAAUAAAUACCCAUUGAAAAGGA